AUUGACUCAGCCUCAAAAUGCUGAGUAGAGUGACGUCUUCGUCUGUGGCCCGUGGCUUCUCGACGCUCUCGUUCGGGGCGCUACCGCCUACUCCCAAUCGUCGGGUGGUCGUAACUGGUCUGGGUGCUGUCACUCCGUUCGGCGUUGGCGUUUCGCGCUCUUGGGACGCGCUGCUAGACUCGCAAUGUGCCAUCGAUACAGUUGACGCCCUUGCAGACACGGGGCUCAAUUGCACCAUUGGCGCGGCUGUCCCGCGAGGCGAAGGGGACGGGGCUUUCCGCACGAAAGACUGGGUGAACCUCAAGAACCUCCGCGCUCAAGAGCCAGACUUUAUCGCGUUCACAUUGGCAGCAGCUGACGAAGCUUUAAAGGACUCAGGAUGGAGUCCUCACUCAGAUGAGGAAAGAGAACGAGCGGGUGUGGCUAUCGGUGCUGGUAUGGGGAAUAUUGCGGAGGUUAUGGAUGUUGGAAAGCUCAUUCAGGACAAGAAAUACCGUCGUGUAUCGCCGUUCUUCAUCACGCGAAUUCUCAUUAAUCUGGCGGCAGGUCACGUGAGCAUUGAACAUGGACUAAAGGGACCGAAUCAUUCUUGUGUCACGGCAUGUGCCACGGGUAGCCACAAAUUUCCAAGGUGCGCUUUCUUGCGUGCACAGGCUUUAUCAACAAAGUUCAACGGUCGCCCACAAGAAGCCUCCAGGCCUUUCGACUCGCAACGCGACGGAUUUGUCAUGGGGGAAGGUGCUGGUGUUGUUGUCCUGGAGGAAUACGAGCAUGCCAAGAAACGUGGAGCUAAGAUCUAUGCUGAGGUACGGGGCUACGGUCUCAGUGGUGACAGUAACCACAUUACGGCUCCUCUGGAAACUGGAGAUGGCGCUCGACGAGCCAUGCAGUCAGCAAUCGCCCAGUCUGGUCUUGCCUUGUCUGAUAUCGGCUACAUCAACGCACACGCGACGUCAACGCCACUGGGUGAUCGCGCUGAGAAUGCCGCCGUGAAAGAACUCUUCGGCGAACAUGCUAAUCAGCUAGCAAUGUCAUCGACCAAGGGAGCUAUUGGCCACUUGCUUGGUGCUGCUGGCGCCGUGGAGGCGAUUUUUUCGAUCAAGGCUCUGCACCACAACGUAAUGCCUCCUACACUGAAUUUAACGGAGACUACAGAGGAAUUCACGUUGAAUUACGUCCCGAACCAGCCGCAAGAAAAGGAAUUACGCGCAGUUCUCACGAACUCGUUCGGUUUCGGAGGAACAAACGCCAGUCUCUUGUUUGCCAAAUAG